GAUUAAGCUGGUAGCAGAGCGCAUUCGAGAUAAAUCUCUUCUUGUUAAAAAAUACACGCUGGAGAGGCUGGCUGAUAUAUACAGAAUCUAUUGCUUAAACUCUUCCACUGGCUCAAUUAAAGGCAACGAAUAUGAUUGGAUCCCAGGGAGGAUUUUGAGAUGUUUUUAUGACAAGGAUUUCAGAUCAGACAUCGUCGAGCACAUUCUUUGCUCAUCCUUGUUCCCAAGUGAAUUCUCAGUCAAGGAUAAAGUUAAAAAUUGGGUUAGGGUUUUCUUGAGUUUUGACAAGGUUGAGAUUAGAGCGCUUGAGAAGCUGCUGGAGCAGAAGCAAAGGUUGCAGCAAGAGAUGAGGAGGUAUCUUUCUUUAAGGCAGAUGCACCAGGAUGGCGAUGCCACUGAGAUCCAAAAGAAAGUUGUAUUUUGCUUCCGAAUCAUGUCUCGUUGUUUUACUGAUCCUGGAAAGGCAGAAGAGAACUUUCAGAUUCUUGAUCAGUUAAAAGAUGCUAAUGUCUGGAGGAUAUUAACAGCUCUCCUUGAUCCAAACAGUAGCUCUAUUCAAGCUUCUAGUUCUCGGGAUGAAUUGCUCAAGAUCCUUGGUGAGAAGCAUCGGCUCUAUGACUUUCUGGGCACACUUUCAUUGAAGUGCUCAUAUGUACUUUUCAACAAGGAGCAUGUAAAUGAAAUCCUUCAGGAGACUAACAUACAAAAAUCUGCUGGAAGCACUGAUUUGAUUCUGUGUUGCACACAUAUACUUGUGAUUCUUGCACGUUUCUGUCCGUUGCUGCUUACUGGAAUUGAGGAAGAUUUGAUACAUCUGCUUGAAGAUGAUAAUGAGAUAAUUAAAGAAGGUGUCUUGCAUGUUUUGGCAAAGGCUGGUGGAGCCAUCCGAGAAAAAUUGGGAGAUUCUUCAAGGUCAUUAGACCUUAUGCUUGAGAGGAUUUGCUUGGAGGGAAGCCGGAGGCAGGCCAAGUAUGCUGUACACGCACUUGCAUCAAUAAUGAAGGAUGAUGGGCUCAAGUCACUUUCUGUUCUAUAUAAGAGACUUGUUGAUAUGCUAGAUGAGAAGUCACAUUUACCUGCUGUACUACAAUCUCUUGGAUGUAUUGCGCAGACUGCUAUGCCAGUCUUUGAGACAAGGGAGAAAGAGAUAGAGCAGUUCAUAAAGAAAAACAUAUUGGAGCGCGGUCAUACAUCAGAAGGU